AUGAAUUAAGAUAUAGUCAUUAAAACAGAAAUAAUCAAGCAUGGUUUAGAAAAAAUGCUUCUUUAUAUUCUUUAAUUGGAAUAAGAAUAAUAUCAGAAUCAGAGCAUAUUCUAAACAAAAAUAGAACAACUUGGCAUAUAAACAAUAUUUGUUUUAGCUAAUCAAAAAUUGAAGAUUUAGAAUUAGAAUGUAAUCAUUAAAUCCUUAUCAAAUAAUCUUGAGAAAUCAACUGAUGAUAUCUAUGUAAUAUAUUCUAAAUUAUGAUAUGUAGUAAGAAUUAUACUUAAAUAAGAAAAAUGUAGCAUUAAUAAUCACAAAAUCAAAUAAAAACGAUAUUUACCUACUCUUUUAUUCUUAUAUGAUUUUGAAAGAGAAUAAAAAUGAAAUAUGGAUCACUAGAUAAGUAAUAAGUUUCUUAGUAAAUAGAAUAUUUCACAAGAGCAGCGUUAAUUAUAUUAUGAUUUAAUCGUAAAAAUUCAACCAGAUUCUUGUUUCUUUGAAAGUUAAUUCAUAAAUACAAAUAUUAGAUAGAAACCUAUUGAGAAUAUUAGUUAAAUAAUUGAUUAAUAAAAACCUGAAUAAAUGGAAGAUUUAAAUCCACCUCAAUUAGAUGAUACAAUAACGAAUUUAUCAAAAGAACAGUAACCGGUAUAAAACUAAUUUAAAUUAUAAAAUUUAUUUUUAGAGACAAAUAUCAUUGUUUUUUAAGGAUAGAAAUAAAUUAAGUUAAAUGAAAUUAAUUAAGAUAGUAAAAAUAAUGAUAUUAAUUUAGAUAAUGAUAAUAACAAUAAUUUAGGGAUAUAAAUAUAAGACUCAUAUGAUUAAUUAUAACCUCCACCAGAAUAAGAAGAAUCUAUUAGGGAAUUUCCUCCAAAAAAUCCAUUCUAAUUUUUUUCAAAAUAUUAACAGAUAAAAUGUUGAAG